CUUUGCAAUAAUACUGUGAGCAAUGAACAUUUUACAGAGAUAGACGAAACUACAAGUUUUAAAGACUGUUUCACUUAAUCUGAACUUAGACGAGAUAUAUAGACAUGUCAUGUGUCGUACAUGUUCUAUAAAACUGUAUUCUUCAUUCGACUUUAAAUCCACUUGUCUUUACGUUGAAGAAAAGAUUCUUGCUUACGUUAAUCCUAAAGUGCCCUUUGUUGACUUAAGAGAUGUUUAUUUCAUGAAACUGGGGAACAGAUUUUUAGAUAAAAUGGAAGACGAUCAGAAAAUAUCUCGAUUAUGUUUACAGUUAGUUAGCGAAGGAUUUGUGCCAUUUCAAGAUAUGAACUUCGUGACGAUUCGUAGAUAUAUCCCAGAAGUGAAUUUUUCCAUCACUGAAGAUCCCAUCGUUUGUAGGAAAUGUUUUGAUUCACCCGGUGUUCAUGGUACUUUCAUAAAGAUUUGUUUGGAUGUUGAAGCAAAAAUUCACAAUAUAGGUGACAAGAUAAUCACAGGUUUCAAGUAUAGUAGUAUGUUUAGUAAAACUGGAAAUGAAAUUGAGUUAGGAGACGGAAAGAUGAAGGAAGGGUUUAAAAUUGAAAAAGAGCUAGAGACGGAUGAAACAUGCACUGAUCAAAACUGAAGAAAUUGAUAUCAAAUUUGAAGGAGAAGAAUGGGAAAGUGGUUCGCCUUCGUACAACUUACAUAAUGAAACAAUUGGAAACAUAAUGAGGCACACGAAUGAAGAUGUAGGAGAAAUAAACAAUGAAAUCGUAUAUAUAUGUGAGAUGGGGGAAGUUGAAAUAAGC